AUUUAAUAUUUAUUUUAGGUAAAGAUUUAGAAUAAAGAGAAUGAGUAAUAAUUAAUCAAUAACAGUGAUCAUAACAUAUGCAUAGAAAAACAAGGUUUAUAAUAUAGAAAUAGAUCCUUCAACUAAGGUCUAAGAAUUAAUUAAUGAAUUUUACGAAAUGCUCCACCCAUCUGGACAAGAAAAGAUAGUAUUAAGGUAUUAAGGAACUCAAUUAAACCCAAACCGAACAUUUGAAGAAUAAGGAGUUAGAAAAGGAACUUAAAUUGAUUUGCUGGUUGAAACCCAAGGUGGUCUCUGAUUUAUCAAUUAAACAAUGAUUAUUGUAUUGUUAAUUAAUAUUAUAAUGCCAAG